AUGCAGUCAACUGUGAGCAAUGUUCAGGAAAGUAAUGGAGUUUCCCCUGCUACUCCAUCUGUGAAAGACUUGGUGAAGGUUUUAUUUGGAGGAAAAAGGUUUGGCAAUCAUGUGGAUGAAGUUUGGCCUAACCUGUUCAUUGGUGACAUGUCAGUGGCCAAUGAUCGCUACAGUCUGUGGAAGCUGGGAAUCACUCACGUUCUGAAUGCAGCUCAUGGGAAGAUGCACUGUCAGGGGAGUCAUGACUUCUAUGGCUCCUCUGUGGAAUAUUAUGGAGUGCCUGCAGAUGACUCACCAUCCUUUGACCUAUCUCACUAUUUAUUUCCCUCUGCUGAGUAUAUUCAGAGUGCACUUGACACAGCUGGUGCUCGGGUUUUUGUCCACUGUGCAGUUGGAGUGAGCAGGUCAGCCUCCCUCGUCCUGGCCUACCUUAUGAUCCACCAGAAUUACACCCUGCUAGAGGCCAUCAAUAAGGUCAAAGAGCACAGAUGGAUUUUUCCAAACACAGGAUUCCUCAAACAGCUUUGUGCUUUGGAUAUGAAAACACGCAAAUCAUCAUGA